AUGCCGGCAAUACUCGACACAUCCUUUCCGGAUUACAUAUUAGCUGGGCUUGAGGAGAUCGCUCGUGAACAAGGAUUUUACGAUGGAUUAUACCGCUUUGAAAGUGAAUCCGGAUCAAACAUGGGCGAUGGUUUUGUUGGACAGAUACUGAAAGUGUUUAUUCGAGAAGCAAACCGUGAGCUGGUAGUAUUAUGUAAGCUAUUGCCGGAAAACGAAAUACGAAAACAACAGGGCGUUCCGUUGUUUGAUAGAGAAUCAGAAGCGUACGUGCAAAUACUGCCUUUGUUACUCAAGUUCCAACGUGAAAAGAAUCUCCCCGAGGGAUUGCCCAGAUUUAACAAUGUGCCGCGAUGUUACUACGCGAAGACUACAGUUGACAAGAUGGAAUCAGUGAUCAUUAUGGAGGAUCUACGAUUGCAAGCAUUUCGUAUGUGGGACAAAGCGAACCCAGUGGAUUUCGAACAUGCCCGACUACUCAUGAUCACUUUAGGACGCCUUCAUGCACUCUCGUUUGCCAUGAAAGAUCAACGACCGGAUGAGUUUGCGCAGUGCCGUGAGUUUACAGACCCGAUGGGAAAAAUGUUGGAGUUAGAUCCUACCAAAGGGUUUGAAAAGAUGAUGGUUGGCAUGUGUUGUAGAGCAAUCGAAACACUCGAAAAGCAUGAUACCUUCCGGAGAGAAAAACUCGAACAAAUACAAGAUCGUAUUGUGCAGGAAAUUACAGCAUGUGUCGAUGGAAAAGCUGCCGAGCCUUACGCUAUUAUAGGCCAUGGUGACUGUUGGUCCAACAACAUGAUGUUUCAAUACCAAGAAGAUAAUCAAACUCCGAAGACCAUCAAAUUGAUCGACUGGCAACUGUCUAGGUACGGCUCGCCGGUGCUUGACUUGGUCUACUUCAUAUUCAACUGUACCGACGAAGAACUGCGUGCUCACAGCUACCAACGACUGCUGAGCAUCUACUACAACAGUCUUAACGAACAUCUACACAACCUGGGUGGAAAUGUCGAGCGCCAGUUCCCACGCAGUGCCUUCCGUGCUCAGCUAAAACAAUUUGGUCGGUACGGACUAUUGAUGUCUAUGAUAGCUCUGCCAAUGAUUUGUACUCCCAACGAUGAGCUACCCGAUACGGAUGCAGCAAUGGAAGGAUUCUUUAAAGAAAUGAGUGACGGAAAUAGUGAUGUUGAGCUGGCGUACGGAACAACGGAAAAGGCCGUCAUUCGCUACAAAAAACGAAUGUCCGGAUGUAUUCGCGAUGCUAUACGAUUGGGAUAUUUAUGA